AUGAAUUCAAAAAACUCGAUAAUUAAGAAAUAUACUUCAGUAGAGGAUUAUAUCAACCAUUGUUUUGAGGAUUUCAAGUUAAAGAAUCCUAAACUCACAAAAAGAUAAAUAAAUAUCUAACUACAAGAUAAUUGGAAAAAGGAACAAGCAAAGCAUCUAUCUAAACAUCCUAAGAAGGAGGAAUCUAUCAUAAUUCACCACGACGAAAGUGAAGAAAUUUAUAUACCUAUUGAGGCCAUCAAUAAUGAAACCCAAAAUAAACAAAAGAAAAAUAAAAAAACCUCAAAGAAAUACAAAAAAAAAUCAUAAAAUUUGUCUAAAUCCAUCAUCGUCAAAAAACAUACAGAUUCCCCGUAAUAAUCAUUUGACAUACAUUCAUUAGAAGAACGAAUGUCUAACAUUUAAAUUGAUAUUAGAGAGUCAUCUAAAACAAAACCUUCAAAAAAAUUAAGAAUUCAAUAAUAGUUAAAUACAACAAAUGUAUUGAUUAAAAACAACAAAUGCAAAGCGAAAUGCAAAAAGUAAAAAAAAGUGGCUUUUAAAUAAGAUGAAAAAAUAUAGAAAAACUUAAUUGGUAGGAAUGCUCCUGAUGAAAAACCAAUUCCAAUUUAAGAUUUCAUAAACUCUGCAAAUUUUAUCGAUCAUAUCAGUAUCAUAAAAAUAUAAAAAAACAAGACAAACCAAGGAUAGAUUGAGGUAGAUAAAGUUAAAUCUAUUAACUCUCAUACGUAUGGUUUGGUUAAUCAUUAUAAAGACACAUCAAACUUAAAUCUAUAAUUAUUUUUUCAAGUAGAAUUUCAUCCAAGACCAGAUGGAACAUAUCCUGAUGAUACAUUUUGUACCGCAAAAUAAGUAGCAUUAUAUAAUAAAGAUUUGGUUCUAGAUUAUUUGAAUAAAAAUAAAAGUAUUUUUACUUAAGAUUCUGAGUAUUAUAUUAAUUGAAAAAUAUGAUGAGAAUUAUUACAAAAAUUAUAAAAUUUAGAAAAGAAUAA